AUGGGCACUCUAUGGGGAUUCACAACAGGCCUUCCAUCCCAGAUUUCAGAAACCCAGAUGAACAGAAUGGCCCCAGAGAAUCACCAGCCAGAUGCUUUUACCAACACGAAUGAUUCCAGCAUGAACUUGAUACCACAGGAUCCAGCUAGUCCCGUGCCCCUGAUGAACAGAAUGCCCCUCGUGACUCCUCACAUUUUAAUCAACAUGGGUGAAUCCAGCAUGCACUUGAUGCCACAGGAUCAAGCCAAUUCCUCAAUAUGGAAGACGCAUCAAGAAUGUGCCACAUUCACCCACAAACAGUAUGAAGAGUUGGAGGCUCUGUUUAGCCAGACCAUGUUCCCAGAUAAAAAUCUCCAGAAGAAACUAGCUUUGAACAAUCUAUUGAAGUCAACAGUGAAGGUUUGGUUCAGGAACAGGCGAUUCAAAUUGAGGAAGCAGCAGCAGCAACAGCAGCAAUCACUAAAACAACAAAAACAAUUCCUUUCAGCCAGGAAGAAUAUGCCCAUCUCACUGAGCACAUCCACCAAUCCUUAUUCUCUUUUUCCUGUGGUUUUGGAUUUCUAUAGCUCCCUCCCUCCUCAGACCUUAGGCCCUUCCAGUCAGGCCCGGGACUCUAUCUUCACUGGGAGUUCCACAAGUGAUUUUCAAAUGCAAGAUCCUCAGUUGGAGAGGCUAGUGGCCUCAGUUCCUGCUUUGUACUCUGAUGCCUAUGACAUAGCCCAAAUCAUAGAACUGUACAGUUUUCCUGAUGAGGACGAGAUAUGCAGCUCUUCCUUCCACUGUCUAUAUCAGUAUCUCUCACCCACAAGGCCCCAGCUACAAGGACAGGGUUCCUCUCUCAGUGCUUCUGUUGGUCCAGCUGUAGAUCUAUCUCCUUGGCAAACUCAGUCCAGUAGGACAAGCCAAAACUGGUCCAGUAUGGCAAGCCAAAACUUUGCAGCCUAUAGUCGAAGAGACAGCCUGGAAUUCCAGAACACGUCCAGUAUGGUAGCGCCAAUUACAGAGCCCAAAACACGGCCUCCCAGUAUACUGGCCAGUAACCGCUGUCAGUCAAAUACCUCACACACUUUUCUAAAUUCUCCCCUCCCCCUUUCAUUGGCUUUUCCUUCGGCCUAUCCUCAAAUUUCAUCCGCGCCUCGAGACCACGGAACUUGGCCCUACAAGCCUAGGAUUGGUGCCUAG